UGUGUGGCGUAGCGGGAGGGAUAAUGUUCAGGAAGUGAAAAGGGGUUUGUUUCUGUUUCCAAUUUACAGGGCAGCAGUUUGUGCUGGAACCCAGCGAGGAAAGCGUAGUUCAAAUUACCUAUCGGUGUGUUCUUAGUUAAGAAUCCCAAGGGACGACGUGCGGCUUUUCUUCAUCUCGGCGGUUACUGAACAUUUCAGCCCGUGAGUCAUACUGAAGAACUUCUCAUUAGCUGAGUUUAGCAGUUUUGUUUUUCAGUAACUGCUUCAGCCUCGUGUGAGUGCGUCAUUAACUCCCUUGGAGGUUUUCCAGAGCUCUUGAUCUCAGUUUUUAUGGCACCUCCACGAAAACCGGUGCUACCCAAACCUCUUCCAGGAGGCUUCAUACUAAUAGACACUGAUAAGAAGAAAUGGAGGCUGGGGAAAAUCAUCGGGCAAGGUGGCUUUGGACUGAUCUAUCUUGCCUCCAAGGACAUUGACAGACCUGUUGGAACAGACACUGACUUUGUCAUCAAAGUGGAGUACCAGGAGAAUGGCUCCCUGUUCUCGGAGCUCAAGUUCUACCAGAGGGCAGCCAAACCCGAGAGCAUGCAAAAAUGGAAGAGAAGCAAGAAGCUGGACUUCCUGGGCAUCCCGACGUACUGGGGGUCAGGAAUUGCAGAAUAUAAUAACCUCAGGUAUCGUUUCAUGGUCAUGGAUCGACUGGGAAGUGACCUUCAGAAAGCUUGUGAGUCCAGUGGAGGCCAACUGAAGAAGACCACUGUUCUCCAGCUUGGACAGAGACUGGUGGAUAUACUGGAGUACAUACAUGAGAAUGAGUACGUCCAUGCUGACAUUAAAGCUGCCAACCUCAUGCUGGGUUACAGGGACCCUGAACAGGUCUACCUUGCAGACUAUGGGCUGUCCUACAGAUACUGCCCUGAUGGAGUCCACAAAGAAUACAAGGAAAACCCCAAGAAGGGCCAUAAUGGAACCAUCGAAUACACCAGCAUCGAUGCCCACAAAGGACUCUCGGCAUCUAGACGUGGUGACCUCCAAAUUUUGGGUUUCUGUCUCCUUCACUGGUUAUGUGGGUCUCUGCCUUGGGACGACGUCCUCAAAAAUCCAACUCAGGUCCAGGAGGCAAAGACCAGACUGAUGGAUAAUCUGCCACAUUCAGUCCAGCAGCUGUCAGUGAGCGGAGCCAGCACAGAUGAGGUGGCCAAAUUCCUCCUUUAUGUGAACAAACUGGGCUACCAAGAGAAGCCCGAUUACCAGUAUCUUAAAAACCUGUGGGGCAGUGCUGUCAGGGGAGGACUUGAUUUGUCCAAGCCACAGGGAGCUGCAGGGGAAUCGCCCACCAAAGAUCCUCGAGCCAAGGAAAAGCAGAAAGCAGGAGGAGCGAGCGGAGUCUCUAGAGCCAAAGCUGCACCUCUACAGGACCAUGAUGAAGUCCAUGAAGGCGCAAAGUCCAAAGCAGUGCCAGCUGGCUACAUCAGAGGACCACCCAUCAAUAAACCUCUGUCAGAACAGAAGGAAGAAGUUCUCCCUGCUGUCAGAAGGUCCCCGAGGCAAAGGCCUGUGUGCAGUUAUGAAGACAUUGACAGUGAGGAAGAGGAAGAAAGGCCCAAACCCAUUGCUGCACGUGAUCUCAGAAGUCCUCCAGUAAAGCCCAGAGCUCAACCCAAACAGAAACGUAACCCCACAAGGACAAGCAGCAAAACAGAUGACGUGCCCCUGAUCUCAGCGAGAAUGGAGCGCCGAGUUUUCCCACAAAGGAGAAAAGAAGAGCGAGCAAACCGUGACAUGGACAGGCAAACACACACACACCAGAGAGCGGUGUACAGCCAUCCAAAGUACUGGGAUAGCCAGCUCUACUACAGAGAUGCUUUGGGUAAAUGGGAAGAGUCUGUUCCCAAAAACUCAAGUCCUGAAGCCGGUCCCCAAUGGAGUGAAUGGCUGACGUCCUGGUUCCUCUUUCUGGGCGCCUUUCUUUUACUGCUUGCUGUUGUCAGAGUUUGCCAAAGUACAUUGAAGCCCCUUUGAGGAGCUAAUGGAUCGACGAG